CCGCGGCGCAUGCGCAAAACGGGGCGGGCUCGGCGCGGUCGGUGGCGGGGAGAAGGGGCAGGGCCAGGGCCGCCCGGCGGGCCGAGCUGCUCCCCGCGGCUCCGGGACUGCCCUGCGCUCCAUGUGAUGGUCAGGGUCAGAAAUGCCUUAUGUGGAUCGUCAGAAUCGCAUCUGUGGUUUCCUAGAUAUCGAAGAAAAUGAGAACAGCGGGAAGUUUCUGCGGCGGUACUUCAUUCUGGACACGCGAGAGGACAGUCUGGUGUGGUACAUGGACAACCCACAGAAUCUUCCCUCUGGAUCCCCGCCUGUUGGAGUCAUCAAGCUUACCUAUAUUUCCAAGGUUAGCGAUGCAACGAAGCUGAGACCAAAGGCAGAGUUCUGUUUUGUUAUGAAUGCAGGGAUGAGGAAAUACUUCUUACAAGCCAACGACCAGCAGGACCUAGUGGAAUGGGUGAAUGUUCUGAACAAAGCUACCAAAAUCACAGUACCAAAGCAAUCUGAUCCUCUCUGUCCGAUGGAUAAUUCAAACCGCCAGGCUGAAAGCCCGGGGGGAAAAAAGCAGGUCUCAUACAGGACAGAAAUUGUCGGCGGUGUUCCUAUCAUCACACCAACGCAGAAAGAAGUCAGUGAGUGCAGUGAUGGGGGGGAUCGGAGCUACCUGAAACGGUCACAGAGUCAUCUGCCUUAUUUCGCUGCCAAGCACCCCCCGGAUAAUGCUGUCAUCAAAGCUGGCUACUGCGUAAAGCAAGGGGCGGUGAUGAAGAACUGGAAGAGAAGAUACUUCCAGUUAGAUGAGAACACGAUAGGCUAUUUCAAGUCGGAACUGGAGAAGGAACCUCUCAGAGUGAUACCACUGAAGGAGGUCCAUAAAGUUCAGGAAUGCAAACAAAGUGAUAUAAUGAUGAGAGACAAUCUCUUUGAAAUUGUAACGACUUCUCGAACCUUCUAUGUACAGGCGGAUAGUCCAGAAGACAUGCACAGUUGGAUAAAAGCAAUUUCUGGGGCCAUUGUAGCACAGCGGGGACCCGGAAGAUCAGCAGCUUCCGUUACUCUAAUCUUAGCUUUGCCCUGUGUUCCAGAUGCGGCAGGCCAGAAGGCUGUCGAAUCCUUGUAUACAGAGGAACAUACAGAGUCUUCUGCCGAACCCAACCAUGCUCUCCGUUCUGCCGUCCCAGCCCCAGCCACCUCACAUUCCACAGCCACUCACGGCAGCCCUCUGGUCCCAAACCCUCACGCCAAAUACCCUGCCUUGGAGAAGCGAGGAUUUCACGAAUCUUUUACCAAGGCCAGGCCAGGGAGCUACAAGAUCCAGGCUGUCGCUCCAAGAGAGUCAGCUUCCAAAGUGACUGAAGGGGGCCUCUCGGAACCCCAGAGUAAAAAUGGCACUCAGGAACAGGAUCCUGGCCUUGUGGAUCUGGAUGAUGCAAGCCUUCCAGUUAGUGAUGUGUAGUGAUGGAAGCGUUUGAAGAAUGAUCCAUUUGUUCGGUCCUCUAAUUUCCUUACUCGGACUUCUAACCAAAGAAAAUUAUAGGAAAUGAGAAGAAAAAAACACCAGAACACUGUUUUUUAUAUAUAUAUGUGUGUGUGUUUGUUUUUCUGUGCACACAUGUGUAUAUAUAAUAUGUUUGUAUUUGCCUUUCAGCUGAGGGCCAGAAACGGACCUCGUGCAGUUUCUCAAAGCCUGAUAGUAAAUCACUUACUAGGGAGGGGCCAAAACUACACGAUUCAGAUUUAACAAACAAAAGACAAAACCAAAAACGUACUUCUGCAAGUGAGCAAGUACCAGCAACUUUUCAUUCCUAAUCUGGCAAACUCACUGAAUUCACAGCUAACGCUGUAUUGUGGAGAGCUCGCUGCCAACAAACCUGAUCGCCUGAUUUCAAUUUGAACCGCAGUAAUGUUCUAGGCAUGGCUGGGAAUUGUUUCUCGCCAUGAUUUUCAGAUACCAGAAAAUGUUUCUGCUGUUCUUUAGGAUGGAUGGUGUCAGUCGAUUUGUUAUCAGAACACAAAUUCUGAGCUCCCUGGGAAUUCUAAUCGUGGUGCUGUAAAAUUCCCACUCAAGUAAUAGUUUGAGCAGACAGCCUGGUUUUGAUGCACUCCUAAAGGCGGGUCUUAACGUUUUGCACAUUUGGGGUUUAAUGGACUGCGUGGAAUGUUUUGGAGGCGGGAGAAGAGAAAUCGGACUUUUGAAUUUGGACACUUUUGAACCAAGUAGGGUUUAUAUUGUGUUGCGUUAGGCUUUGCAGCAAUUAUUGUUCUUUGAUGUCUGAACAUAUCGUUUGAUUACUGUUUUGAGAACGGUUUCCUUAUCAGUGCUUUGUGAACAGUUCCUGUCUCUAUAUUUGACCUCCUCAAUGAGUUGUGUCAUUGUUGGUACUGAACUGUUCGUGGUCAUGCGGUCGUGGCCUAUAACUCUUGGUGCACUAAUAAUCUGAAGUGCCUGUGGUUUCUCUCAUGUUGUGGAAACACUUUUGGAUUAGGUUGUACACAAACUCUCCUUAAUGAUUUUGAACGUUGGAGUUGUCCUGGAUCGCAUAGCUCAACACAGCUGUUUGAACUCAAAACCUUAGGCGAGGGCUACCAGAGUGCUGGUCCUGCACCUCCCGGCUGUGCAAUACGUGGUGUUGGUGUGCACUGUGUUACGGGGCUUUGGUGAUGCAAACAGAAAGAACCCUCACAUUUCACGUACUGGGUUAGGUUGUGUACUGUUCAUUGGUUUUGGGAAGCGUUGGCUUUAAUCAGACCCCACAAACAUCUCGUGCUGCUGUUACCGUGAUUUGCGUUGCCCAGCUUUGCCAUACUUUUGUCUACUGGAACCCAAGAUACAUAUCAGACAAGUCCAUCUUCUCUCCAGCUUCCAAACUGACGUCCUGCUUGAGAGAUGUGGAUGGCUUUACCACGGUAACUUCUUGAUCCAAGGGUAGAAUAACAGGUGUCACACAAGAAUGAAACAGAACCUGAUUUCAAACCCUUACGUUCUAUCAGCACCUUCAUGUUCUUUUAAUCCAUAAGCUACAAACCACUGUUGGAAGGCAGUGGUGUGUGUAAAUGUCUGGUUUUGACUCUUUAGACGUAGGUGAAAACUAGCGCAGGAUUGGGAGUGACUCUAAAUGUCUGAACUAGCAUUGUAGGUUUUAACUUCUGUAAAGAUAAAACAAUAGCUCUUUAAAAGCUUAUUUUUUCACAAGUACAUUCUGUGUGGAAGACACUUCACAUUGACGUAUUUUUUACUGUAGUCUAACAGCCGAAAUCACUCACCCUGGUACCGCUUUCACACUGCAUGGUCAUUGUAUUCGGUUUUGUUAUUGGCAAUUUUACACCUUGGGUGGAGGUAAAGCAGCUCCGUUAUGGGACUCCUAGAAGAGGAAAGGAAAAAAAUAAAACAGAAUAAAGAGAAGAACUACUGUUGUAGUUCAGUAGCAUAGGGAAAUGUUUGUGGCUGGUAACUGUCAGGGUCUCCUAUUUAUCAGUACUUUUAUAAAUCUAUGAAAAUUGUUAAAUUAUUUUAGAAACUGUGCUGUAAAUAUGUCACAUUGAAAUUGUCAAUAAAUCAGUUUGGGUAACUUAAAAUAACUUCUGGCUGUG